AUGAAGAUAGCGAUGAGAGGCAUCUUGGUUGUCCUUACAGCCAUUGUUGAUUUGACGGUGACUCAGGAAGAACCGAAAUUGUUGAGGGAAAGUCCGGAGCAAGGCAACCGUAUUAGAGUACACUUUGUGCGGCAAGUUCCAUACUGA